UUGGGGCCGUCCCCGCCCUCACCUGCGCUGCCCGCAGGUGUGCCGCCAUGUUGCGCUCCUGAGCGGAGCCGGCGCGGCCGGGAUGCGGGGCGGCGAGGCGGUGUGGGCCGGUGACGUCGGCCUUCUCUUUCCUCGAGGGGCUCUGCUGCUGCUCGGUAUCUGUGGUGCUCUUUCCCUGGAUAUUAAAACCAGUCCUGAGGUGCGAGGUUAUGUGGGUGAACAAGUAGUGCUGAAAUGCUCAUUCAAAUCCAGUUUUCCCAUCACCGAGAGUCUGACGAUAGACUGGACAUACCGGCCCCUCACAGGUGGUCAUAUGGAGACAAUUUUUCAUUAUCAGUCUGUUGCAUACACACCAACAGUGGGAAGGUUCAAAGACAGGAUAUCCUGGGUUGGGAAUGCUGCCAAGGGUGAUGCUUCGAUUGCUAUCCAAAGCCCGGCUAUGAGUGACAAUGGGACGUUCAUCUGCAGUGUGAAGAAUCCCCCAGAUGUGUACCAUAACAUUCCCCAGACAAUGCUGAUCAUUACAGAGAGGGGCUUUUCUUUCCAACUGACUUCAGUGACGCUGCUAUCCAUUGUGGUAUUUCUCCCUUCCACUGUUGUGGUUGUUCUGAUGUUGGUGAGGAUGGGAAGGAAAUCUGGAGUGAUAAAAGAGAAGAAAAAACCUGGUUGCAAGAAAUCCUCUGUUGAAGAAUCUGAGUCUGAAUAUACAGACAACUGCAUGGGGCGACUCAGAACCUGGUGUUUGAACUGUGUGGACACGGAUGAGGAAGACCCAUACUGAUGAAGGAUCAAAAGUAUGGACAAAGAACAAAAUUACAGUGCUGAAAAUCAUGACUAGAUAAGUACAAAGGCUGCUGGAAAACAGCGCAGAUUGAAAGAGCUGCUCUCAUCUUGGUGUAUUGGAACAACAAUGCUGAUUGGACAAUUCACUUCUAAGCACAACAUUUUUGAAAUCUCCAUAAUUUAUUGAGGGAGGGAGGAAGAAGAAACUCCAAAACCUCACUACUUCAGUGCCUACAGAAGCCUCAGUGCCUGCAGCUGUACAGGCUGUUUCCUACCAGCAGUUUGACGAUGCUCCUUCGUUAGUUUACUUGAUAAUCUGUUUCCUUUAUGGUUGGUGAUAUCCCUCCUUUCUUGUGCCCUUGAAGUCAACUUGCCUGAAGAGCAGAGUACUGCAGAGUGACACAUGAGCUUUCUAAGGUGAUCAUCGUUGGGCACUGACAGCAUAUUCUUCUCAGUUUUUGUGCAGCAUACUUGCUAAGGACUCAGAGCAGCCUGAUUAAGUUGUUAUGUGACAUCCUUCGUCUCAGAGCAAAGAGAACCUACUGUUUUUUAACUUUCCUGGCUUGAGCUGCCACUUAAUUACAGAAUCAUCAUUUUAUUCCUACUGUUUUCUGAUUCAACUGCUCAGCAGUGUUACUUUACUUUGAUUUUUUUUUUUUGUCCAACAGCUCCACUACUGGGUUCCUCUUCUACUUACAUGAAGCACAAUUCAUAUACAGCUUAUUUUUUAAAUCAGAAAUGCGAAUGGGGACUCUAUGUCUGGGGAAACAUAACCCCAUCUACCUCAACCACUGGCUCAAGGUGUUGCCCAAAGGAAUGUUCUGUGUUCGGAAGAACAAUCAUGUUCCUCCUCUCUUCCAAGGAAACAGUUAAUUUUGGGGAAACAGUGAAGCAUGUUGUUAGGGCCCUGUAAGGUAGGGAGUACCUUCUCUCACCAGCCUUGUUCAAUAAUGGAUUACAGGGAGCAGUGGAAUUCUUCUCUAAUAGCUGAAGAACUGCUGUUUUCUGCUUUGUUUUGGUAUAUGGCAUUGGUUGAAUCGUGUCCUUCCAUGUAUGUGAUAUAAGUUUACUGUUGACUUUGCACUGUUACCAAUAAAUUGCAAUGUUUCAUUCUA